AUGAAGUGGUUUCAAGUGACCAUAGAUAUGAUUCUUGUGCUUUCAUUUAUAUCAAGCAGCACAGCGAAUCCGGAUGCGAAGCGAUUGUACGACGAUUUGCUGAGCAACUACAACAAACUGGUACGACCGGUGGUCAAUGUGACGGACGCCCUCACCGUUCGCAUCAAGCUGAAGCUAUCGCAACUGAUCGAUGUCAACCUGAAGAACCAGAUCAUGACCACCAACCUGUGGGUGGAGCAGUCCUGGUACGACUACAAGCUCAAGUGGGAGCCCAAGGAGUACGGCGGCGUCGAGAUGCUCCACGUGCCCUCCGAUCACAUCUGGCGUCCGGACAUCGUCCUCUACAACAACGCCGACGGCAACUUCGAGGUGACGCUGGCCACCAAGGCCACGCUGAAUUACACAGGACGCGUCGAGUGGCGACCGCCGGCGAUUUACAAGAGCUCCUGCGAAAUCGACGUGGAGUACUUUCCCUUCGACGAGCAGACCUGCGUCAUGAAGUUCGGCAGCUGGACAUACGAUGGAUUUCAGGUGGAUCUGCGGCACAUCGACGAGCUGAACGGCACCAACGUCGUGGAGGUGGGCGUGGAUCUGUCCGAGUUCUACACGUCCGUCGAAUGGGAUAUCCUCGAAGUUCCUGCAGUGCGAAACGAGAAGUUCUACACGUGCUGCGAUGAGCCAUAUCUGGACAUCACCUUCAACAUCACGAUGCGGCGGAAGACCCUCUUCUACACCGUCAACCUGAUCAUUCCCUGCAUGGGCAUCAGCUUCCUCACCAUCCUCGUGUUCUACCUGCCCUCGGACAGUGGCGAGAAGGUCUCAUUAAGCAUAUCCAUUCUGCUGUCGCUCACUGUGUUCUUCCUGCUGCUGGCGGAAAUCAUUCCGCCCACAUCGCUGGUGGUGCCGCUGCUGGGAAAGUUUGUGCUCUUCACCAUGAUACUGGAUACCUUCAGCAUCUGUGUGACUGUGUUGGUGCUGAACAUCCACUUCCGGUCGCCGCAGACGCACACGAUGGCUCCGUGGGUGCGGACCGUGUUCAUCAACCAGCUGCCCCGCUUCCUGGUCAUGCGGCGUCCGCUCUAUCCGAUCAGCGAGAUGAUCAAAUCCUCGCGCCGCCUGAUGGUGCGCACCUGCAACGGACUCGAACUGAGGGAUCAAAUACCACCGCUGCCACCGCCGGUGGCCUUGUCUCGCAUGCACCACAGCCCGAAGACGACAUCGCGCAGCACCUCGCCGCACCUGCAGCACCGCGUGCAGACCUACAACCUGAUGGACGAGUGCGGCGUGGGCGUGGGCAUGGGCAUGGGCAUGGGCGGCGGUGCCUCCACCAUCACCGGCCACUUGAGCUCCCUCUAUCCGCCGACCAUGUCGACGGCCAACCAACAGACCUCGACCACAUCCUCGCUGAUCGACGCCCAGUACCACAAUCAGUACCAGCAGACGGGCGGCUCGCUGCUGGACCACCCACUGACACCCACCAAGUUCCGCCAGAUGACCUCGACCUCCAGCCAGACGGGUCAGAAUGGCAGCGGGAACGGUAACGGGAAUGGGAACGGGAACGGUGGCUACGGGGGGCAUGGCCAGAGCGGGGGCGGAGGCGGCGGCGGCCACCACCUGUACCGGCAGCAGUCGAGCUGCUCGGCGAACUUCUCGCCGCUGCCGCAGCACGCCCACCAGGCGCACGCCUCCACCACCACCAGUGAUCUGGGCAUGGCCAAUCCGAAUGUGAUAAAGUCGACGACGACGGUUAACUCGGUGGCCACCGCCUCGACGCUGGCGGACUCCUGCUGCAGCGGCACCAUCCAGAUCCACCAGGGCAUGGGCGCCGGGGCCGCCUGCCAGUCGUCGGAGCUGCUGCACCACCAGCAGCUGCACCACCAGCAGAUGCACCACCAGCAGCAGCAGCAGCAGCACCACCAGCGACCCACCACCUCGGCAGCGGCGGCGGCAGCGGCAGCCGCCGGCGGGCCCAGCACCUCGGCAGCGGCAGCUGCAGCAGCGGCGGCAGCGGCGGCCGGAACGCCACCCCCACCGCCUCCGCCGGCGGGCGUCUGUGAUAUUCUGCCCGCCUGCCAGCGCGAGGGCGGGCCGCACUGCUGCUCGGGGCGUGGCAAUGUGCGCCAACGGUGGCACACCUGCCCGGAACUCCACAAGGCCAUGGACGGGGUCACCUACAUUGCGGAUCAGACGCGCAAAGAAGAGGAGAGCACAAGGGUGAAAGAGGACUGGAAGUACGUGGCCAUGGUGCUCGACCGCCUGUUCCUGUGGAUCUUCACAAUAGCCGUGGUCGUCGGCACCGCCGGCAUUAUCCUGCAGGCUCCGACGCUCUACGACACCCGGAUGCCCAUCGAUAUAAAGCUAUCGGAGAUCGCCUCGACGACGGCCAAGCCGAAUGUGGCCAGGCCCGUGUUGUAAGCGGAUCGAUAAUCGAUAAUUAUCGGUUCGUGUAUCGAUCGAUAUCCAGUAUUUCGGAGAACACAAACCACACACAGUCUGAAGGAGCAAAACACAAGUAAUGAAUGAAAUUCGCAUUUGUUU